AUGUGUUCUCUCUAGCUUAUCAGCUAUCCGCUGGCUGUGCUCGUGUGUGACCCGCUGUGUCCUCCAACGUUAGACAUCUGACAGCCGGUCAUCUAAGGGCAAGAGUGUCAAAACCAUGGUUCUCGAGGAGAAGAUGAUUAUGAACGGAGAGCCCGAGGAUGAGGAGGAGGAAGAAGAGGAGGAGGAAGACAUGGUGGAUCCCCUUGACGCGAUGCGACAGAAGUGUGAAGAGGCGGAGCACUGCAUUCACACUCGGGAGCGUCUGGAGCAGUGUGAGACCAGAGUUGGCUCUCGGUCUUCGACAGAGGAGGAUUGUACUGAGGAGUUGUUUGACUUCCUGCAUGCUCGGGACCACUGUGUGGCACACAAACUGUUCCACUCUGUCAAAUGAUGUCCUCCCUGAUUGUUGCACCACCGGCUGAUGACAUUCUUCACACAUUGUAUUAUGAGGAGAGCAUGCUUUUAAAUACAUCCAUAUGUGGAUCUGCUGUAUGUUGUAACUUUAAAUGUAUAAUGAACUGUAUCUGCUUAUGUGAAGAAACUCAACUAUUUAACAAGGUAGUCUGAGUCAACAUUUCAUUAAAGUGGACGGCUUGAAAACCUUA